UUCGCUUGCAACGUUGACAAUUAUGGAGAAAAAAAUUAGGUUAUAUUAGGUUAGUUUUUAGUUAUUCAUUUAAAACAUAUAAAUUUGGUAUUAAUUUUCCAAUGUAACAUGAUAUGAAACGGACGCGAAUACAGAACGGAGACAUAGAAACCAUGUCCUAUUUACGUGACUGGAGACAAGCGUUACGUGCACCUCAUGUCUACAGAGUUGCUAAUAGUACUUUUCGCAUUCAGAGUCAAUAUUUAGCUUUAAUUUUUUUAUUAUUGUCUGUUCCUUUAUUCUUACUUGGAUUUCCUUUAUUACGCGGAGUUGUACAUCCUUCUUCAACGAAUCAUUUUUUAACACAAUGCAAAUAUUAUAAGUAUAAUAAGACAUACCCUUUAUCUGCUCCAGUCAAGACAUCUAAGGGUAUUACUUAUCGUAUAGCAAUAGUAAGUGAUCUUGAUCAUGAUUCCAAAAGUUCAGAUAAAAAAGAUACAUGGCAUAGUAUUAUGAAAAGUGGAAGUCUUUUUUGGAAUCCUAGCACAAAUUUUCUUUCCAUUGUUUGGGAUGACAGAAACCAAAUGUUAAUAUCGUCUUUAACUAUGAAAGGACGUGGUAUGGAAUUGUCUGAACUAGUUAUCUUCGAUGGACAUUUAUUAUCUUUUGAUGAUCGUACAGGAGUUAUAUAUUUUAUUGAAGGAGAAGAAGUUUAUCCUUGGGUUAUUUUAAUGGAUGGUAAUGGCAAAAGUUCAAAAGGAUUUAAAUGUGAAUGGGCAACUGUUAAAGAUGAACAUCUAUAUGUUGGUAGUAUGGGUAAAGAAUGGACUACUGCUUCUGGAGAAUUUCAACAUAACAAUCCUCUUUGGAUAAAAAUAAUAUCUCCACGUGGUGAAAUAUACUCUUUAAAUUGGAUUUCAAAUUAUAAACGAUUAAGACAAGCAAUUGAUAUUGAAUACCCAGGUUACAUGAUUCAUGAAUCAGGAGCUUGGAGUGAUAUCCACAAAAGUUGGUUUUUUUUACCAAGAAGAUGUUCUCAUGAUCAAUAUAAUGAAACUAAAGAUGAAACAAUGAGUUGUAAUAUAUUAUUGACUGCAGAUGAAAAUUUUGUAGAUAUUAAGGUUACUAAAAUUGGUAAUUUAAUUCCAAUUAGAGGUUUUUCAAGUUUCAAAUUUUUACCUGGUUCACAAGAUUCAAUUAUUAUUGCCCUUAAAACUGAGGAAUAUCAAGGGCAGACUGCUACAUACAUUAUGGCAUUUACACUUAAUGGAAAUGUAAUAAUGCCUGAGAUUAAAAUAAUGGACAAAAAAUUUGAAGGUUUAGAAUUUAUAUGACAUUCCACUUAAAGAUAUUAAAUUUUGGAAAUGUAAAUAAAUGUACAGGUUUUAUAGUUCCAUAUAUUGAACACGAAGUAAAGAGACUAUGUAAAUUA